AUGAACGCCACCAUAUCCGCAGUCAAGAGGCGGGCCUGCGUGGCCUGCACGGCUGCCAAGGCGAAGUGCACCCCACAGGCUGUCAACAUGUGCCAGCGGUGCGCUCGUUUGGGCAAGUCAUGCACCUACCUGGACCUUCCGCAGACAAAGCGGAAGCAGCGGGCUGCCGGUGCACCAGGUACUGAUUCCGGAUGCAGCCGUGUGCAGGUCCUCGAGAAGAAGGUCGACCAGCUGAUGGCGCAGCUGGCUGCCUUGACCGGACAGAACGGGCAGACACCGCCCGAUGAUACUUCUGCUCCUGCUUCUACAUCUGCUUCUAACCCGCCCACCAAUGACUUGGGCUUACCUCGCAAUCCCGAGCCGGAUUCAACAGCCAUUGCCGCCCUGCUAGAUGCGGCUAAAGACCCGUCUCAUGGCCUCGAUCCGCCGACUGGCUCUGUUCUGCAGGGCCAGCCGUCGAUCGUCGAUCGAGGACUUUUGAGCGCAGCAGAGGCGGAACGUUUGGUGAUGACCUUCCGGCUUGACUUUGUGCACAAUUUCCCUUUCGUAUUGUUGGCACAUGGCGAGACGGCUGCUCGUCUUAGAUGUCAAGAGCCCUUCCUCUUCUUGUGCAUCGUGGCAGCGACCAUGGGCAGUGCGCAUACUCUGCGCCAUACUGUCGCAGAGGAGAUCAUGAAGCAUGUUACUUUAAGGGCUGUCGUGCGGUCUGAGAGGAAUCUCGAACUGCUCCGUGGUCUGCUCGUUCAUAGUGCAUGGUACUCCUAUCCUGGAGAGAGAUAUCACCCGCGCCUGUUGCUGUUGGUGCAGCUUUGUAUUUCGAUGUUGUAUGAUUUGGGGCUGCAUCGAAAGGCCGGUCUGAAUGCGGAUGAGCGGCGCGCGCUGCUUGGGACGUAUUGGCUGUCAGCUGGUUUCUACGGCACACUGGGACGGCCGAUUACCUUGAAACAUGAUGCUCGAACCGAUGAGUGCAUCGAGAGUCUGGCAUCUACCGCACAACCAUCCGAUCGGUGGAUCGCGCCAUUCAUCCACCUACAGUCCUUUCUCUCAACAAUCGAUGACGUCUACGCCUCGAUUCACGCAAGUGGUGGAAUGGCACUCGUCCCAGUUACGCGCGGCUCUCUACAGCGGCAAUUCGACAUCGUGAGGAAACGUGUAGAGAAAGACCUCCCCGGCUGUCCUCCCUCAACAGCGAACGCAGUACACACCUCAAUCGAAUUCAUCGCGAUCCGCCUCGAGGAACUAUCCCUCCGCGAGAACCUAUGGACCACCGAUCCUGCCAACCCCGUCCGAACCACCAUGCUAAUGGGCAUGAUCCAGCACAGCAAGGAGCUCAUCCACGCCAUCACAUCCCUCCCGGCAUCAGAAAUCGCCCAGAUCACAAUCCCUACCAGCGCCCAUAUAUGUGCCGCGGUGGGCUAUAUGCCCAGUGCCGUAAUGACUCUUCUUAAUAUCAUCACCACUGGCUCCUCUGACCCAGUGGAAGCCCAGGUGCAGGUGCAAGCCGUCGUCAAUGAAGCAGACUACCCCGCUCUCAUCACCGCGCUUGCAACCUCACUGGAAACGAAAUUCGGGGGAAUGUCCCCCGCAGACAGAGAGAUGGAUAUUGUGGGGAGUCUGUGCUCGAAAAUGCGGCUGCUCGCACGGUGUUAUCCGUAUCAAGUCAGGGCGGUUGUGGGAGUUGGAUUUGGAGUUGGAACUGCGGUGUCGCGAGAUUUGGGGCAGGAUACGUCUAUGAUGGGGGUUGAUGCAAAUGUUGAUAGGAGUGCUGGGACGCCGCUCCAGGCCGCCUGGCCGUCUAUUUACGGCGAUUUGGACGAUAUGUUUCCCGUGGAGGAUAUUCAGUGGGAUGCUCUGUUGAGUAGUUUUACUGGGUUUGGCUAGUAGGUAGGUACUAGCUAGCUAGUGUGGCUGGUGGUUUUUUGUGGGGCAACGUGUUAUGGGGACUGUUGAUGCGAUAGUGCAUGCGCGAUUUAGGGUUCGAG